CGAGCGCGAGAGAGCGCGAAAGCGAGAGCGAGCGAAAGCGAGAGCGAGCGAGAGCGAGCGAGAGCGAGAGCGCGCGAGAGCGCGAGAGAGAAAGAAAGAGAGAAAGAGCGAGAGCGCGCGAAAGAGCGAGAGCGCGCGAAAGAGCGAGAGCGCGCGAAAGAGCGAGAGCGCGCGAAAGAGCGAGAGCGCGCGAAAGAGCGAAAGAAAGAGCGAAAGAAAGAGCGAAAGAAAGAGCGAAAGAAAUUAAACUGUACAUCUAAGAUGAUCAAGUAA